AUGCCGCUGCCGCCAGGUGCACAUCUCAUGAAGGGCCCUUACCCGUUCGGUGGAGGUCGCGGGGCCCCCGGGCUGAUGGGACUGCCGGCAGCCGCAGUACCUCCCGGCUUUAGAGGGAAGAGACCGCCUGGUCAGAUGCUCAUGAUGGCCGGCAACCAGAAAAUGUUGGUGCCCCCACCGUCGUCGUCGGCCGCUGGGGUUGGCCACUCCCUCGCGACGAGCCAGCCACUAAGCCGCCCCACCUCACCAGGGACGAUGACAGCGCAGCCUGGUGCGCCGGGACGCGGCCCCAUCGGCCCACCGCACUCAUCCCCGCAGUUCGCGUUCGUGAGCGGGAAGAAGAUCAUGAUGCCGCCAGGCGUGAAGUUGCCCGCGGGGGGCCCCGGCCCCAGUCACGCCCCCGGCGCUGCCGCUUCCGCAGCGCCGCCACGGGCCGUGAUGCAAAGCAAGAUGAUGAUGCCACCAGGGCCGGGUUGGGAGGCAAACCGACAGCCGUCACCCACAACAUCACCGCCGCCGGGGGUGAUGGGUCGCGGUGGAAGCAGCCCUUCGCCGCUUCGCGUGAACCCCGGUCAAAGCCCUGUGCGGCCACCGAUGCCGUCGCCGUCGCCACCGCCACCGCCAACAAGAGCGGCAGCGGCUAGUGCCUCUGGCAACAAGAGCCACAAGUUCGACCCUGUGCGGAGUCUCACCAACGCCCUCAGCUCUCUGAGGCCCGGCAGUACCUCGGACAGGGAACGGGAGAACGAGCGACUGCGGCGCGAAGCGGCAGCGCUACAGCAACGGCUGCAGACGCCACCUGGGCUGGGCGCUCGUGAGAGAGGUGUCGACAGCGGCCCUGCUGGUCCCCGCAGCAGCAGCCGCACCGCCUUGAUGCCGACUAGUCGCUCCCUGCCUCACCCUGCUGGCCAAUCACCACCCCGGAAGCAGCCGCCGAUGCCCCCUCCGCAGUUGAUGGGCAACGCAAAGAUGAUGGUAGGACAGCCACCAGUCUCGCUGCGUGGAAAGUCGCCGACACCCAUGAACCCGUCAACGUCCGGCAAUCCGAGCGGCGGUGGUGGUGGUGCCGCAGCAGCAGCAGCAGCAGCACCAGCACCAGCACCGGCAAGCUCGACGAUGAGGAUGCCACCUGGUCAGUUCAUGGCGAUGAAGGGCCGCCCUGGCGGCGGUGGUGUCGUGGCGGGGGCAAAGAAGGCAAUCAUGGGUCUUCCGCCCCCUGGUGCGGCCCGCAGCACGGCGACCGCCUCUCCUCCAGCAGUGCGGUUGGCGCCAUCGCCCCAGCAGCUGCUGCAACACCCGUCUCCAGCGGGGCCGCGGCUGGUGAAGGGCGUCGUAGGGCCACCACCACCGCACGAACGGCUCAUCCCGCCUCCCUCACAGCAGCAGUCGCACUACGGCUCGACAUCACCGCCGGCUGCGUCGCUGCCCUCACCGUCUUUGCCGGCAACACCGCCACCAGCAGCUGCUGCCGCCACGAAUGCGCUCCGUGUGCCGAGUUCGACCGUGCUUAAGGAGGGGCAGAUGCCCGAGGCUGGCGUGCGGUCACCUGGGCACGGACUCCGGCGACUAGGAGAAAGCUCUGAGGACAGCGACAGCAGCGGCGGAGAUGGUGGUGGUGGUGGUGGUGGUGGUGGUGGUGCACACCACGGCGCGCAGGUAGGAGCAACCUCGCACAGCCACGGGCCCGGUCACCUUCGCACCAAAUCCUUGGUGAAGGACACAGACGGCACGGUGGACUCGGCCAGAGCGCAGAAAAGCGCCGCAGACGACGAAGACACGGCACUGCACGAGGACGACAAGACGCAGCAGCCAAGGCCGUCCUCCUCGCCACCGCGCCACGAGGCAGCCCGUGAGACAAGGGACCGCAGCCACCACCGCGGCGAUGGCGACCGAAACGACGGUGCGCACCACUCCACCGGCGCCAUAACAUCCACUUCAGCGUCUCCUGGUGCUGGUGCAGCCGCCACGUCGCGAUCAUCAUCGUCUGCGCACCGUGACGGCAACGACAAGGCAUCUGCCCCCACGAUCCUGCAGCCGGUGCGGCAAACUGCAACAACAGCGGCACGCAGCGCUGCCGCAGCUGCCAAGCGACGACAAGAGGAAGAGGAGCACCGGCGCCGCGAGGCGGCUGGCAAGAACGCGUUAGCGUCGAAGAAGUUGCGGAGCUCGCGAUCGAAGUCGGCCCCGUGCGCCGAACACGCGAGUCGACCGCAGCCCGCCGCGGCCGCCGGCGCGGCACGAGAACCGCCGUCACCGCAGGAGGAGGAGGACAACACGCAGAAGCCAUCUAGCGUGGAGCGAAGCAUCCACAGCAUCGUGUCCACCACAUCAUACCGAGCCCCGCUGUCCCCGUCUGACUCUUCCACAUCCACGUUGGGCGAGCAGAAGAGCCCCCGCACACCCGCACGCGGCCGCGGCAGAGCUGGUGGUGGUGGUGAUGGCUUUGCCGCGUCGCCGGGGUCCCCCCCCACGCGGUCGGGAAAGCGAACCGGCAAGGCCACUCAUCUCGACCUCUCCGACAUGCGGAAGAGCGGGCAGUGGCAGCGGCAGUCCCGCAGCAUACGGUCAAGGCUUCGCAGCCGUAGCACGAACGCCCGGCGCAGCACCGGCAGGGGAUGCAGCGGCAACGACAGUGAUGCCGAUGACGAGGAGGAUGCCGACAGCGGCUCGGAGAAGCUGACGAGCAGCGACCUCUACCGCCUUGCAAAGUUGCUGCGUGACGGCAACGCGGGCCUUAUGGGGGCAGACAUCGACGACCGGAAGCGCAGCAGCCGUCGCCGGCGGUCGCACCAUCGUGGCGACAGCGGCAGCGACGGGGGCUCUGAGGCGGACAGCAGCGAUGACGGUUCUUGGGGACUGCAGCGCCGUGGACGGCGGCGUCGGCAGCACAGUACUGCGAAGCGUCGCAGCACGCUCCCUCUCACCACAGUCGGCAUUCCAUGGCGGUAUGCUGGCACACGGCGCUCGUUGGAACCGUUCGCGUCACCACCACGGGUGCGGCGGCCGCUCGGGUACAUCAAUGUCGGCGGCGGUCGCUACGCACGUGUCGGCGGCAGUCCGUAUACCCUUCCCCAGAGUCGACCUCGCGCCACUUCGGUCGGGGCCGUGCCGCUCGGCACGACCAACACGCGCGCGUUGGUCCGCGACGCCGGGGCCUAUGGCAGUUACCCACCCCUCUCUGGCGAGCGGAACCGCUGGACGUCGGCGCUGCUGGCAGCUUUUCGCAACGCCGCCGUGACAGAGGUGCAGAGGAGCGCUCUGCUGGACAGCCAGCAAGCGUCCAGCGCGCGCGGCGGUGGUGGUGCGGCGGCGCUCUACUACGGUAGCCAGCAGGGACAGCGAUUUGGUGCUCGCCGCUCCCCGCCUUAUCCCCACACCCGUGACGGCCGCAGUGCUUCCGGUGGCGGCUUGGAUGACACGAUGUCGUCAGCUGCUGACUCGCAACACCCCUACUGCGUGUCCACCUCAGCCCCGCUCUCCGCCGCGCCGUCCAUGGCCCCUCUGCGCCGCGGCGCGGCGGCCGUGUAUGAGCAGAACGAGCAGGAGCGCGGGCGGCCGUCGCCCCUGUCCGGCUCCCUACGCUGGGCUGCUGCCCAACCCUACAGCAUCCCUUCACAACUACUGUCAUCGACAUCGACAGCAGCGGUGACAGAGCCUGUUGGGCUUCUGAGCCUCGACAAGGACAAGGUCGAUCCGGCGGUAGAGCCCAACACGCAUGGCACCGCAGCAGCGGCGGUCAACGACGCGGCGGCGCCGGCGCGAGUUGCUUCGUUGCGCAGGAGCAACUUCUCUGAUCAGCUGCAUGGCCUCCUUCCCCUCACGUCGUCAUCCGCUGAAGCAACAAGGGCCGCGGCGGCAGCAACGAGGCCUAGAAGCAUCAGCGGCGCCGACACGGCAAGCGUCAGCGCGGCAGGCUGCGGUGAAGGGGAAGCGAAGAGCGCGGCUGCCCCGGCGUCGUCGAGCUUGAUCCCCACGUUUAUGUCAUCUACGUUGUCGGCGCCGCCCUGGGAACGGGCGUGGUCACGGGGCCCGGGCAAUCAUCUGCGCACCUCCUCGCCGUCGACCCAGAAACAACGGCAGGAGGAGCAGAGAUAUAUUCAGCAGAGCGAGAGCUGCAACGCGGCGAACAACUUGAGACCAUUUGGCAGCGCCGCUGCCGCUGCUGCUGCUGCCACAGCGCAUGCUGGCAGGCACACCUCGGACGCGAAGCCCGACGCCUCCUGUUCGCCCUCGCGCGAGGAGCCGGUCUACCUAAGCAAGGCCACGGUUGCACGCCUUUGUACCCCGCGGCAGCGCCGAGGCAGUCUCGGUGCGAGUGCUGCCACGGCGAUAAGCCCUAUCUCUCGCCUCAGUCACGGCGGUGCUGACGGGAUCAGCAGCGUGACAGCGCAGACGUGCAGCAAGUGGCUUGACGAAAUCAUUGACUCCGCGACGGUGACGGCCACUGGCGUACGCGCGGGCGGGGGAGCGGGCGGUGGCCGAGAACACGCGGCGUCCGCGGCGAAUGGGAUCCCUGUUGUCGAUCUCCGUCGCGAGUUCAAGCCGCGCAUCGCGGACGGCGGCACGGAUGGCCGCGGCGGUCCGAGCAGCGUGCGCGCCGCGCCCCCGUCCCUGCACGAUGGCGGCACGACGGACUACACCCAGGAGUUCACCGGGUCGCGCGCCCGCCCGCACGUUCCUGGAAUCUCCUUCAAAUACAUGAUCGGUGCGCGCUCGGCCACCGGCUCGCCACCGCGCACGGGUGGCAAGGCCUCCGCUACAGGCGGCGGCGCGGUCAACGUGAAGACAGUCAACGGCGUCUCGGACGGACUGCCGUUUUCGGCCUACUCCUCCAUACGCAUCCACAACCCGGCACGCAAGUCGCCGUGGGCACUGGCGCCGGAGCGCGAGGGGCUAAAGGUGCUCCCUGGACAGCCCGCUUUGUCGCGGCGUCGACGCAUUCCCGUGGAUGACAACGCAGCCGCAGAAAACGGCGCCGCCGAUUCUGAGCUUGGCGUUCAUGAAGCCGACGAUGCGCGGCACUGCGCGCGUGGCGCCACCCGCACUGUUGUCGAGGAGGUGCACCUGGACGAGCACCGCCGCCCCUACUUGAUUGUGCGCCCGGUGCCCAGUAGCGAGGAGGGCGAGGCGCAGCGUGCGGCGGUGGAGCGGCUCUCACGCCCAAAACCCGUCUACCGCCGCGCCAACGACCCUGCUUGA